AUGAAAAAUGUAACCCAUUCUUUCGUUUUUUUAGCUCACUGGCCAUCCGCUGGCAGUUUCGGGCUUAAUACCGAUAUUUUAGCAACAAAUCUAAUAAAUCUAACUGUAGUGGUUGGUGUUUUGAUUUUUUUUGGAAAGGGAGUGUUAAAAGAUUUAUUAGAUAAUCGAAAACAGAGGAUCUUGAGUACUAUUCGAAAUUCGGAAGAAUUGCGUAGAGGGACCUUUGAGCAGCUCGAAAAAGCUCGGAUUCGAUUACAGAAAGUCGAACUAGAAGCGGAUGAGUAUCGAAUGAAUGGAUACUCUGAGAUAGAACGAGAAAAAGAAAAUUUGAUUAAUGCUACUUCUAUUAGUUUGGAACAAUUAGAAAAGUCUAAAAACGAAACCCUUUAUUUUGAAAAACAAAGGGCAAUGAAUCAGGUCCGACAACGGGUUUUCCAGCAGGCCGUACAAGGAGCUCUAGGAACUCUGAAUAGUUGUUUGAAUACCGAGUUACAUUUCCGUACGAUUCGUGCUAAUAUUGGCAUUCUCGGGUCCAUGGAAUGGAAGAGAUAA